AUGCCAGUAAUAAUAUGCUUCCUUGUGUUGUUGCCUACAGGAGCCACUGCCUGUGUUGAACUGAAGAGAUUUGAAGAAGCAAUCACUUGGUGUGAUAAGGGAUUAGCUGUAUCCUUUGAAGGAAUCUGUAAUUUUUAAUCAUGGGUGUAAUGGAAACAUUCCACAAAUUGACGUUUUAAGGGAGAAAAUACAAAGGGUAUUAAUUACGAUGGGAACUUGUCAGCUCAUAUUUUUAGUGUGUGUACUUGGGAAAAGUUAUUUAAUUAUGACCUAAUACUGAUAUACUCCUUUUAGCAAUGACUUACCACAACUGGUGCAUAGUUCAGUUGAAAGACUAAUAUUCCCCCAGUUCAUACAUGGUACGUGGGUAGAUAAUCUUCCUGAAACGAGUCAGAUAAAGGAGCUUUUUGGCUGAUCUUCUUGCCUUUAAUUUUGUUUCCACAACUCAAAGGCUCGGAAACUUUCAUCACGUUUCCCUACGGACAAAUACGGUAAUUGUGAAGAACAGCUCCCUCCACCAACAGUUGGCCAACUGUUGGUAAUCUGUCGUCCGGCUGACAGUUGGCCGACCGUCGGUGGAGGGGAGCUGUUCUUCACAAUUACAACAAAUACAACUUUUAGAAGCACAUAUUUGUGUUCUAGACUCAUUUCUUCCACUACUGUAAAACAUUUGUCACAUAUUAAAGCUAUAUUAAUUUAAAAAUCGAGCAAGUGCUUCCCAGUUUUCGUAAAUAAGGGAUUAUAUAUUUUUUUCCCACAUUUUUAAACCUUAAUACAAAAAAAAGAUUGACAGAAAUCAUAGGAUCUUCUUGUCAUUAAGGCUUCAGUCUCUCACAGAAGUGGGAGACAAGUCCAUGGAGGAAAAAGGUGAUAUUAGCUAUGACCGUCGCAAUGCAAGUUUAGGUAAUGUCAAGAAAGUCAUCGACCUCUAUAAUCGGGGAGGGGAGGGUGGUGCUUAUGGCAAUCUUGGAAAAGCGUAUUCGAGUCUGGGUGAUUUCCAGAAAGCCAUAGAGUACCACAACCUACAUCUUAAAAUAGCUAAAGAAGUAGGAGACAAGCAUGGGGAGGGUAAAGUUUAUGGCGCUCUUGGCAAUGUGUAUCAGAGUCUGAGUGAUUUCCAAACAGCCAUAGAGUACCACAACCUACAUCUUAAAAUAGCUAAAGAAGUAGGAGACAAGCAUGGGGAGGGUAACGCUUAUGGCAAUCUUGGCACUGCUUAUGACAGUCUGGGUGAUUUCAAAAAAGCCAUUGAGUACCACAGCCUACAUCUUAUAAUAGCUAAAGAAGUUGGAGACAAGCAUGGGGAGGGUAAAGCUUAUGGCAAUCUUGGCACUGCUUAUGACAUUCUGGGUGAUUUCAAAAAAGCCCUAGAGUACCACAACCUACAUCUUAAUAUAGCUAAAGAAGUAGGAGACAAGCAUGGGGAGGGUAACGCUUAUGGCAAUCUUGGCAAUGCUUAUCACCGUCUGGGUGAUUUCAAAAAAGCCAUAGAGUACCACAACCUACAUCUUAAAAUAGCUAAAGAAGUAGGAGACAAGCAUGGGGAGGGUAACGCUUAUGGCAAUCUUGGCACUGCUUAUGACAUUCUGGGUGAUUUCAAAAAAGCCCUAGAGUACCACAACCUGCAUCUUAAAAUAGCUAAAGAAGUAGCGGACAAGCAUGGGAAGGGUAAAGCUUAUGGAAAUCUUGGCACUGCUUAUGACGGUCUGGGUGAUUUCAGAAAAGCCAUAGAGUACCACAGCUUACAUCUUAAAAUAGCUAAAGAAGUAGGAGACAAGCAUGGGGAGGGUGUUGCUUAUGGCAAUCUUGGCAAUGCCUUUUUUAGUCUGAGUGAUUUCAAAAAAGCCAUUGAGUACCACAGCCUACAUCUUAAAAUAGUUAAAGAGGUAGGAGACAAGCAUGGGGAGGGUAAAGCUUAUGGCAAUCUUGGCACUGCUUAUGACAUUCUGGGUGAUUUCAAAAAAGCCCUAGAGUACCACAACCUACAUCUUAAUAUAGCUAAAGAAGUAGGAGACAAGCAUGGGGAGGGUAACGCUUAUGGCAAUCUUGGCAAUGCUUAUCACCGUCUGGGUGAUUUCAAAAAAGCCAUAGAGUACCACAACCUACAUCUUAAAAUAGCUAAAGAAGUAGGAGACAAGCAUGGGGAGGGUAACGCUUAUGGCAAUCUUGGCACUGCUUAUGACAUUCUGGGUGAUUUCAAAAAAGCCCUAGAGUACCACAACCUACAUCUUAAAAUAGCUAAAGAAGUAGGAGACAAGCAUGGGAAGGGUAAAGCUUAUGGAAAUCUUGGCACUGCUUAUGACGGUCUGGGUGAUUUCAGAAAAGCCAUAGAGUACCACAGCUUACAUCUUAAAAUAGCUAAAGAAGUAGGAGACAAGCAUGGGGAGGGUGUUGCUUAUGGCAAUCUUGGCAAUGCCUUUUUUAGUCUGAGUGAUUUCAAAAAAGCCAUAGAGUACCACAACCUACAUCUUAAAAUAGUUAAAGAGGUAGGAGACAAGCAUGGGGAGGGUAAAGCUUAUGGCAAUCUUGGCAAUGCUUAUCGCAAUCUGGGUGAUUUCAAAAAAGCCAUAGAGUACCACAACCUACAUCUUAAAAUAGCUAAAGAAGUAGGAGACAAGCGUGGGGAGGGUAACGCUUAUGGCAAUCUUGGCAAUAUGUAUCGAACUCUGGGAUAUUUGAUAAAGGCCAACAAUUAUUACCAGCUAAUGCUUAAAAUUGCGAAAGAAGUAGGAGACAAGCGCGGGGAGGGUAACGCUUAUGGCAAUCUUGGCAAUAUGUAUCGAACUCUGGGAUAUUUGAUAAAUGCCAACAAUUAUUACCAGGUAAUGCUUAAAAUUGCUAAAGAAGUAGGAGACAAAUCCUUAGAGGCCAAGGCCUACUAUUCAGUAGGAUGUGUUUUUGAGUCGCUUGGUAGACUUCCUAAAGCUGUUGUUUAUUAUCAAGCUAGCAUAAACUUAUACAAUUCCUUAAGAGUACUCCUAAAAUCUAAAGAUGAGUGGAAAGUUCAUUUUCGAAAUCAGUAUCAGAUGGCGUAUACGGAUUUGUGCAGAGUUCUCGUAGAACAAGGUAAUAUAGAUCAUGCCUUACUUGCUGCUGAGCAAGGACGAGCUCAAGCUCUGACCGACCUUAUGGAAUCCAGUUUUUGUGGUGGAGCAAGUCAGCACAGAGGCGAUGAAGAUUUAGCAGUUCAUGAAAACGUUCCAUCAAACACCGUCUUUCAGGCAGUGGACAAAGCUGACGUCAAUCUUUGGGUUGUGUCCGAAGGAAAACAAGUUCAGUUAAGACAAAGUAAACUUAAUGGUUCUGUUUCAGAGAAAAAAGAAGCUAGCCAGUCCCUCGAGGCGUUCGUGCUCGGUGCUUGCGAGAAUCCAUCUUUGGAUGCUUUGAGUACUUUGUAUGAUAUCGUUAUGAAGCCGGUGGCUGACCUGCUUCAAGGGGAUGAGCUAGUCAUUAUUCCCGAUGGACCCCUGUGGCUCGCUCCUUACGCUGCAUUGAAGGAUGGUAAUUCUAAAUACCUGUGUGAAUCGUUCAGAAUCCGACUCGCUCCAUCGUUAGCAAGUCUUAGACUCAUUGCCCAUUGUCCAGAUGAUUAUCACAAAAGCAGUGGUGCGUUACUUGUAGGAGAUCCGUGGGUAUCCGAGAUUACUAACAGCAAGGGAGAGGAAGUCCUGUGUCAGCUUCUGUUUGCUAGAGAAGAAGUAGAAAUGAUCGGAAAAAUUCUGAAUAUCACGCCAAUCACUGGCAGACAGGCCACGAAGCGUGAGGUGUUGAAAAGGCUCGGUUCCGUUUCCUUAAUUCACUUUGCGGCACACGGAUGUCUGGAAACUGGCGAAAUUGCUCUUACACCUGACCCAGACCGAAUAUCUUGUGUGCCGACGGAGGAGGAUUACAUUUUAACAAUUGGAGAUGUGUUGAAUGUUCAAAUUCGCGCCAAACUUGUUGUGCUUAGUUGCAACUACAGUGGUCGGGGCGAGAUCAAGGCUGAAGGUGUGGUUGGCAUUGCCCGCGCUUUUAUGGGGGCUGGUGCUCGGUCUGUUUUGGUGUCCCUGUGGGCGAUUGAUGACGAGGCUACUCUCCAGUUCAUGAAAACCUUUUAUCAACACCUUGUAGAAGGUAAACCUGCAAGCGAGUCACUGAACCUGGCCAUGAAAAGUCUCAGAGAAUCAGAUGAGUUCCACGACUUCAGAUACUGGGCGCCCUUUUCGCUGAUUGGAGAUGACAUCACUCUUGACUUCAAUGCAAAGGAAAGAGAAAAUUUAAAUGUAAAAUCAUAUAGAUAA